AUGAGGAAACUCAUAGAGGAGGCCAAGAAUAUCAGUUACAGGUCAGCCAUUUUUCCCGACUCUCAAAAAGAAACCAUGAAGAAAAAGGAGGCGGCACCCAAAGCACACAGAACACACAGAACACCCAAAGCACCCAGAACUCCCAAAGCACCCAGAAAACCCAAAGCACCCAAUGAACCCAGUGCAGCCGACGAAUCCAAGGAACCCAGUGAACUCAGUGAACUCAGUGAACUCAGUGCACCCAUUGCAGCAACCAGUAGUGAGGAGGUCCCAAUGAGGCUUAUUUGGAUUUCAAUUGCUGCCUGCUGCAUUACUGUCCAAUAUGGAUACAAUAUGUGGUUGCUCUACACCCCUUUUGUGCUCCUGCAUGACUUGUUCAACAUAACAACCUUUGAAGAGAUGGAAGAUCCAGGUUCUCAGAUGUACAUUGUGGCUAUCACCAUUGCUUUAUUUCCACUUGGAGCCAUUUUUGGGACCCUUCCUAUUGGUUUUCUGGCCAAUAGAUUUGGCAGGAGAGGUGCUAUGAAGAUAACUACCUUUUUGAGUCUUGUCCCACCUGUCCUAUUGGCUGUUGGUGAUACACUACGUAACUAUGAAUUCACAAUUGCUGUACGUUUCUACACUGGACUAUGCACAGGACUAAUCUCCGUUGUUGUUCCUCUGUAUCUUGGAGAGAUCGCCCCUGUAAGCAUGAGGGGAGCCAUCGUCUCGAUGUGCCAGCUAUUUUAUACCCUGGGGGUCCUUGCAGGUCAGAUAAUUGUUGAAGAAGAAUUCUUUAAGAUGCGAGGAGGUUACUUUAUUGUGAUGGGCAUUUCUGGGAUCAUGCCGAUUAUUCAGAUCAUACUACUACCCUUCUUUCCUGAAAGUCCGAGGUAUCUGCUCAUUCAGAGGAAGGAUGCGGAGAGUGCAAGGGAAGAACUGAAGAUACUUAGAGGCAAGGAUGAUGUGGAGAAUGAAAUGAACGAACUCCAUCAUGAGGACCUCUAUGAGAAAGCAGAAAAGAACAUGAAUGCCAUUCAACUGCUAUCAUCCCCAAACCUGAGAACGCAGAUCAUCACCAUAGUUCUAUUGACAGGUGGUGCACAGCUUGACGGUGUAGGUGCGAUUAACACUGAGAGGCAGGCCAGCCCACACAGCCGGUAA